AUCGUUCAUUAAUCAUAUCGUUUAACUGAUUCUUGUCUUUCAACGAUUAUUCCUAUUUUUGAAAUAUAGAAUUCGAUUUUAUUGUAGUCAAAAGGUAACUUGAAAAAGUUGAAUUGUCUUCGGUAGUACUUUUUGCGAAGUAGUACUAUAUUUGAUUUUGACAGUUGUUCAUCAACAGCGUAGUUUUUAACCUAGAAAAUGUUUGACAUUCAUUAUAUUGGGAAGUGACCGCAUUUCGAUUCUCGGAAAUAUAAAAACUUAAAUGUAUGGCCUAUUUACCAAAGAGUAAAGUGGGACCGAUUGUUGGACGAAAUAAUGAUGACCUCUUGGAUGUUAAAACAUCCAAAACUUAGGCCGGAUAGACUGAAAAGGGGAAAAACUAAAAGUGCCGGAGAAGUUAUUGAUAUUUCAUUAGACCCUGAAUAUGUUAUGAAAAAAUUGAUAACUGGUAUUUGUGGUGAGGAGAAGGAAGAUAAACUGAUUUUUUUGAAGGCAUUUGUUGAUUUCUCAAAGAAAAUCAAUGGCAACUUUGGAACAGUUGGAUAUCACAUAAGAGAAGUUCUCAUUUGCUUGAGAGUUACAUUGGUACACUCAACACCCCAUGUUCGUUCUGCUGGUUUGAAAGCCAUAAGACACUCUGUUUCCAGUGAGAAUGACGUUGUACCCUUCAAUAAUUUGUCAAUACCGUAUUUGGUUGCAAGGUGUCUUGAUCUAUCACUUAGAAAUGACGCUGAACGAUUGGAAGCCAUGAAACUUAUAAGGAAAGUGCUUCUCCUAUCACCAUCACAGUUUCAUGAAUGCUUAGCUAGGUGUCUUAUUUCCCUAGCCAAUAGCGGUAUCGAAGAAAAAGACAGAAUGUUACGAAUAUGUCUUGCUACAUUGUGCGAAUUAGGUGUCUUGAAUAGUAACAAAUUUAUAGAAACAGGUGGUGUUGCUGCCAUCACGAGAAAUUUAUUGGAAUGUCAAAUGCCCAAAAUUUCAGAAUCUUUGUGCGGCGUCCUUUUAUACUUAUUAGAUAAACCUUGUACAAGGGAAAUAACGGAUGUUGAUUUGGACUCCGUUGCUACCCCUUACUGUGACUUUCAUUAUAAGCAUGAUUGGAAAGAUAAAAAUCGAGAUGAGAGAGAUUUGCGGUUCAACUGCAGCAGAUUAGCAAUGCUGACUAUUUUAAGGAGCUGGUCUGGUAUUUUACAUUUUUGUAGUCCUAGUAACAAAUCUGGUUUGAUAGCCAUCAUAGGUAUUCUGCAUCUGAAUCAAUUGGAAGUCAGAAAAGCUAUACUGGAUCUUCUUUAUGAAUUAUUGGGCCUGCCACAACCGGAAUGGACAGACGAACUGUCUGUCGCUUUAAGUGCCGUAGAUCCUAGUGAACCUCAGAUAUCGUGGAGACUUAACGAAGGUUUUGUCGUUGCUGAAGGCCAAACAAUGAUACCUCAUCUUGCGAAAUUUACUCCAAGAAUUAUCGAUAUGCAUUUAGCUGUCCUCUUGUACUGCUUUCAAAAUAACGGCCUAAUUGAGGCACUUGUCGAAGUGAUCGCUACAAGCGACACUUUCAUAAGUGUAAGAGCCACAGUUUUAUUGGGUGAAUUAUUACGUCUUAUUCAACUUUUACUGCCACCAGAAUGCUGUAAUUCUGCUUCAGCCCUGCCAACCCUCCUAGAUUAUGCAACAAAAAAUUGUCCUCAAGCCAUUGGGGCCAUUACUGCCUUGGUUCAGUUCCAUAAGUUAUUGAAGAAGAGGCCUGUUUCACACAGCCUGUAUUUAGAUUUUAUUUUGAGAAGUGGCAACUGCUUUAGAGUUACCAACAAAAUGAACAAACUGAUGAAUGAAAGACGGCGCAGAGGUAUAAAAUCGAAAAUAAAAAGAUUCGUUACGAAUUCUACCGGUGAUAUCGUGAAAGAAACUGGCGUUUCAGUUCAUAAAGAUCAUCUUCAGUGGAACUGGAACUUGAUUAGGAUAAUUAUAAAGGGACAAAGCAACCUAAAAGUGACCAUGACUGAAAGUUCUCACAAAAUGUUCCUCAGACGCUUAGUCGAUUUUUAUCUUCCUUCCAACAAUAAAUUUUCACACAUGGAUCUGAGCGCAUCUAAAGUGUGCUUGGCAUACACCAUGGUGGGAAUCGAACUCAUCCAAUUUCUCGUAGAUUUAAACGAACCUGAAUGUGUUAAGCUGUUAAGUGAUCUCUUCACCGAUAUUUUGAGCCAUAUCAACGCCCUAACUAGCGGAAAAAGCGUUCACGAUUGUCUUUUUAGUCCUCAGCAUAUGGUCAAUACUCAGUGUCAAUAUUACUUUUUGUUUGUCGGUAGACUAGCGACGACAGAACUAGGCUUGAAUAUACUUAAUCAAAUCAACAUGUUCCAGAGUUUACAAAACUUAGCUACAACAACUAAUAACGACUGCUACAUCAAGUUAAUAAUAUCAUCGAUGGACUACAGUGAAAAUGUGUUAUGCCAGAAUCUUCUAGCAGCCAUAUUGCGGUGUAACAUCGAGAGUUCACGCUUAUACGCCACUCAGUUCUUACUGAUAUUACUGAGGUCCGGCAUCCCCGACUUUGCCAGCUGGGGUAUCCCUUUAUUAGUUGCACAACUGAGGGACAAAGCUAAGGUUAUAUCGUUGUGUGCCUUAUCUAUACUUCACGAGGCUUGCGAAUCUUUGGAAUGUCUCGAAGUUAUCAUCAACACCACCAACGACUUCGACCACCUCGGUUGGAGGGGAACUUUUCUCCAAACGAGGAUUUUAUCUCACCCUAAUGGUCUUUCAAAAUUUUGCAAGGAUAAUCGGCUGGUUGACGAGAUCAAGAAAUGGGAUGAAUGUUUCAUUUAUCGAUAUGUCAAGCAAGUUGAAGACGAUAUUUCCGAUUCCUUGACUCUUCACCAGAGGGGGCCGGACGGAAAAUACGAUAAGAGGUUGAGUAACGCGCGAACCUUCAAUUAUAAGGACCUUCAUCUGCUUCCUCAUUUAUACGGGCAGCUUUCUAGGUUGACCGAUGGUUUCAGAGCUCUGGUGGAGCAUGGUUCUAUCGCUAGAUUCGUGAAGGUUAUAACAAAUGGUCCGUAUAAUUCCGAUGAGGAAAUCCUCGAGAUGAAAGCUUGUAUUUGGGCUUUGGCUCACUUGUGCACCUCUCCGGAAGGUAUCGAACUUCUGCUGGGAGAGGUCGUUGCUCAACUUAUAUGUUUGGCGGAAAAUGCUAGUGUUUAUUCGAUUAGGGCGACGGCGUAUUAUGCGCUGGGAUUGAUUGGUACCACUCAAGCUGGAGCGGAUGAAGUGUAUAAGAUGGGUUGGAUCAGUGCACGUCACAACAGACAUGAAAUCUGGCCUCUGGUGCACGAAGAACUUAUACCGAGCGACUCCGAAAAUGGAUCUGAAGAUGGGUUUUUGGAAUACAGCUUCGGGGCUUCCCCGACUUACAAUCGUUUGUUCGAAGGCGGUAGAAGUUAUAGGGACAGUGGUUUUCGUCUUGGAAGUCCAGAUAACUUUGAUAGGAAUAAGGUUUGGAGAAAAUCCUCAACACUUCCCAAUAACAGGAAUUAUUCAAAUGUGUUCCAUCAGCGGUCAAUGUCGGAGAGUAAAACAUUUGAGAUGUCCAAAAAUUACGAGCAGAGGUUACGGGAGCGAGUAGGGAUGUCCAAACAGUUCAGUAAUAGAUCUACGGAGUCUAGUAUGAGUUCGGGCGAUUUCAACUCAGGAUCAAAAUUGCCAUUAAUGCAAGUCCAAACAUUGAGUCCCAUACCAAGUUCUUCCAAUGUUGUGGCUUUCACUAAACCGAAGCAGAAGAUAAGGAGAUACUCUGAGUCUGGUUGGAGAGAUUCUGCACAGAGUGGAUAUCUUGGUUCGAGCGAUAAAUCGUCCCAACAAUGUAACUCCCACAAGUUGAGCAAUCAAGAUUUGUUAGGAUACACAACUUUACAUUUUUUGAGAAACAGCCGACAAUCCAGUAACGACUUUGACGCGAUAAGUCCCCACACCAUACCCUUCAAUGAUAUGAAUCCUGCAGAAAGAAAUUCGUCGGUAGAGGAUUUUAUAUUACGUUCGAGUUUAUCGUCUUUAUCCAGUGCUAAAAACAAUCAUUUACACCAAAGAUUUCAACUUGGGGUUCCUUGUUACAUGGGAAUCUCAGUGCCUCAGCAUCUGAAUGAUCUGUUUCCUAUCAAGGACGACUUAGUUCAUUCCAACUAUGCCGGUACUAAAUCUUCCGCUUGUACUAAUACAUCUGACAUUGACAAUGAAUCCUUGACAUCUUCAUUCUCUGCAAUGGACGAAAAAUUGGAGUUUAUUAAGCCGAAUAUGGAUUUUGCGCAUGAUAAACUCGAAUGUUUAGAAUGUUCUGUUGGCGAAGGCAGCAGAGCACCUGAUGAAGCGGGAUCUUCAGUUUCAGGUUCUUUGAAGCAAGAGAUAUUGCAGUACAUUGAACUUCUCUCCAAUCCUUUGUGGAACAAGCAGUCGAAGCUAGCUCUGCUACAACUCAAACAGGAAAACCCCAGACUUUUUGAGGAUCCUUGUCUGUAUUCCGAGGCUUGUAAAAUAAUUUCUGAGAACAAUUAUCGCUUGAACGUCAGGAGGGUAAUUCAUGAACUGUUCUUUGAGGUUAAUUACGUGAACAUGUUUGAAGAAGCAAUGACUAUAAUAGCGUUGAGAACUUCCCAUUUGAAGGACGAUGACCAAAGAACAAAAUCAGUGAAUUCUGAUACGAAAUCUGAUGAAAUGGAUCAAAGACCAAAAUCCGCCGGCCUGUCUCCUACUCAGGAGAUGAGUAACUCUUUUUCUAGUUCCUCAUUUAGGAGUAUAACUGAUAUAAAUGACUUGAAAUUGUCGUAUAAAGAAAAUAAAUUUCCUAUCAAACACAGGGAUAUGUAAAAAUUGACCUACUAGAAUUUUAUAAGGUUUUUCAGAUGUUCAAAGACUAUACAGCCAACUAAAGUAUCUUGGUAUUCCUACAUGAUUCAGUUUUCAACAGGAUCAUUGAGUGAGAAGCAAUAAGUAUUCAAUAUACAUAAACAAAAAUAUUGUUCCUAUCGCAGUAUCCUUAACAUCUUUUAUUUUAUUACUUUUAUUAUGUUUCCUAUUUUAUUUUUUACAGAAAGUUUUUACUGGUUUGGUUGUUGCACAGGUAAUACCAUAUCUGUAUAAGUUGCUGGUUGGUAUGUACCUUUAUCAUCAAAGUAUUUAUUUUAGUACAAAAUGUGAUAUUUUUAGUUAGUGAUCACUUACAAGUUCUGAAUAGAAAGUAGCCAAAUAUAACAACAUUAUUCCUUAUUUGUUUUGCACUAUAUUGUUCACAAAAUGAAGAAUUGUUUUAAUUUUUCUGAAUAAAACAAUAAGUUUUUUACAAA